AUGGCUCCACUUCCGCUUAUGGACUUAACGAAGCGAUCAUUUUUCUCCGUUCGGGAAGGAAGCGUUAUAGAGACACUGCAGUCGUUGGAUGCAGAAACUUUCUACUGUACCGUAGAUGGUGAAAUAGUCACAGAUUUCCUAGGACGCCUCAACGAUUUACCAGAGGAUGCCUUUUUUCAACUGCAUUUUCGUGUUCUUGGAGGGAAAGGAGGAUUUGGUUCUCUUCUUCGUUCAUUUCGCGUUAACAAAAGUACGAAUCAGCUGAUGUGUCGUGACCUAAAUGGCAGACGUCUCGCAUCAAUCGAUGAGGAACAGCGUCUGAAAAAAUGGAUUGAGAGGGCUGCAGAACGUGAAAAAGAGAAACUAGCGAAAAGGAAGGCGAAGUAUGAAAAGCUCAAAUCUGGUCCUCCAAAGCACAUGUUCGAUGAUCCUGACUAUAUGAGACAAAAGGAGACUAUAAUAGAGAAGACUGAAGAAGCAUUCGAACAAGGUUUUUUGGAAGCUUUAAAAGCUGAACGUGAGAAGAAGGAAAAACCUGUAGAGUCUUCGGAGGACGAGGAAGAUGAUUCCAGUUCCGAUUCAGAGGAAAAUGAUGUUGAUCCUGAACUGCUCCGUGAAAUCCAAGACUAUUUUGCAGCCCAAAAAGAGGAAUGUACGACAUCAAAACAGGAUGACAACACCACUACUUCAAGCCAGAAUGGGAAAUCCACUGCGCUCGAAGGAGAAAAUUCGUGUGUAUCGGAAAAAGGCGACGGCGCUACGGAAAAUGCAUGCAUGAACGUGGAGCAACAGCCGGAGCCGGCUGGGGAGAAACCUCCGGAGCCCGCUGGGGAGAAACCUCCGGAGCCGGCUAAGGAGAAGCUUCCGGAGCCGGCCAAGGAAAAACCUUCGGAACCUGUGGAAUUCCCUGCAGUAGAUCUAUCGCAGUAUGAAAGCCCCGAUCAACUGGAAACGCUCGGGCUCAAUCAUCUCAAACAUGCUUUAUUAGCUCGAGGAAUGAAGUGUGGCGGCACCCUUCGACGUCAGAGAGAGGAACGAGUAUUGUGUUUGCGCGGACGAAAGAUACUUUUUAAGAUGAUGUGUAUGCAUCAUUAA